AUGAAGACGCUACUAGAAGCUCAAGAUAUGUGGGAUAUUGUUGAGAAAGGCUUCAAGGAGCAAGAUGAAGCCUUGUUAAGCCAAGGUGUAAAGGAGAUAUUGAAGGAGUCAAGAAAGAGAGACAAGAAAGCUAUCUUCCUCAUUUAUCAAUCGGUGGAUGAAGAUACAUUUGAGAAGAUCUCCAACGCAAAGACCUCCACAGAAGCAUGGGACAAACUUCAAACUUGCAACAAAGGAGUGGAACAGGUGAAAAACAUUCGUCUUCAAACUCUUAGAGGUGACUUUAAACAUUUAUUUAUGGAAGAGCCUGAGUCAAUUUCUGAUUAUUUUUCUCGAUUAUUAACUUUAGUCAAUCAACUUAAAAGAAAUGGUGAAGAUGUUGAUGAGGUGAAAGUCAUGGAGAAAAUGCUUUGCACUUUAAAUCGAAGGUUUGGCUUCAUUGUUACCAACAUUGAAGAAAACAGGGAUUUAAAGACCAUGAUUAUUGAGCAACUCAUGGGUUCCUUACAAGCAUACGAAGAAAGACAAAAGAGAAAAAUUAAACAAAAAGAGACUAUGGAGAAACUACUUCAAUUCAACAUAAAGGAAGCAAACUAUGUGAAUUACAAGAGCCAAAGAGGACGAGGUCGUGGCCAAGAUCGUGGGCAUGGACGAGGACAUAGAGGAGAAGGAAGAGGCGGUUACGAAAACUACUCUAACAAUGGAGAAAGAAGUUAG